GAGGGAGGGAUAAGAAAAGACAAGAGAGAGAGGAGACACAAGAGAAGGACAAAUUAAAAUAAUAGUGAAAACAAGUGACAGGACAGAAUCUGAGCAAAGGAGAAGGAUGCCGCUGCAGAUGAGCGUCUCUGCCUGACUUCUGAGGAGUUUGGGCUCCGACAUGACAGAGAUGCGGCAUCCAAGUGUCCAUCCGAGAGCCUGAGCAUCUUCCAGUUUGUGUGUUGGUGUGUGUGUGUGAAGCCAUGGCGAGCGCUCAGCCGGGGGUCCAUGCAUUGAAACUCCAGCCUCCCUCCGUCUCUCACACGCUGACGACCGGAAGCAAGUUCGUUAAAUGGGACGAGGAUCUGUCCACCGUGAAUCCGGUGGUUCUCCACGUAGAUCCACAUGGAUUUUACCUCUACUGGACCGACCAAAACAAGGAGACAGAGUUGUUGGACCUCACCCUCGUAAAAGAUGUCAGAACGGGGAGAAGCACCAAAACACCCAAGGAGGCCAAGCUGCGGGAGCUGCUGGAUAUUGGGAACCUGGUUGGCCGGCUUGAGAACCGAAUGGUUACCGUGGUUACCGCCUCAGACCCUGCGAAUGUCAACCAGCUCAACUUCAUCGCUUCACAGGAGGAAGAAGCCAAGGCGUGGUGUGAGGAAGUGUUUGCUCUGGCUUCCAACCUGCUGAGCCUCAAUCUCAACAGAGACCACAGCCUGUUGAAAGCGUAUGUUCGGUUAACUCUCCAGCCGAACGCAGAGGGGAAAAUUCCUGUCAAGAACAUCGUUCGACUGUUUUCGUCAGACAGAAAGAGAGUAGAGAACUCCCUGGAGAGCUGCCGACUGCCAUACGGACGGGGUGACAGUAUCAAACUGGAGGACUUCACGCUUGAAGUUUACAGGAGCUUUUUGGACAGUCUGUGUCCUCGUCCUGAGCUCAGCAACAUCUUUAAACUGCAAGGAUGGGACGACAGGACGCUGUCACUCGAUCAGAUGACAGAGUUCAUCAACAACAAGCAGAGAGACCCGAGGCUGAAUGAGAUCCUCUACCCGCCUCUUCGUCCUGCACAGACGCUCUCUCUGAUGGAGAGGUACCAACACGACCAGGCUCAGCUGAAGCAAGGUGUCAUCUCCCUCCAGGCGUUCUCCAGUUAUCUGUCCAGCGAUGAGAACGGAGUCAUCCCACCAGAGAAACUGGAUCAGUCUGAAGACAUGAGCUACCCUCUCUCUCACUACAUCAUCAACUCAUCACACAAUACCUACCUGACAGCGGGCCAGCUGGCGGGGAGCUCCUCGGUGGAGAUGUACCGCCAGGUUCUUCUGGCCGGAUGCCGCUGUGUGGAGUUAGACGUGUGGAAAGGACGAACUGCUGAGGAGGAACCCGUCAUCACACACGGGUUCACCAUGACGUCAGAAAUCCCUUUUAAGGAAGUGAUUGAAGCGAUCGCAGAGUGCGCCUUCAAGACGUCACCUUUCCCCGUCAUACUGUCCUUUGAGAACCACGUGGACUCUUUGAAGCAGCAGGCUAAAAUGGCUGAAUACUGUCAGUCUAUUUUCGGAGAAAGGCUGUUGAUCGACCCUCUGGACAAAUACCCUCUGGAGUCGGGCGUCCCCCUGCCCAGUCCUCAGGAGCUGAUAGGUAAAAUCCUCAUCAAGAACAAGAAAUCCCACAAACCCUCCAACAACACCGACACCAAAAGACUGACGGACCAACCUGCCAAUCAGAGCAACGAGCCGGUGUCUCCUAGCAACAACACGGGAGAGUUGGAGGCUGAGAGUGAGGAAGAGGAUGAUGAUGAAGAUGAUGAGGGUAAAAAGGGCUCAGCGGAGCGGGAGGCCGUGGCUACAGAGGAAAUGUCAACUCUGGUAAACUAUGUCCAACCAACCAAGUUCAACUCCUUCGAAGCCUCCAAGAAGGCGGCCCGCUGUUACAACAUGUCAUCUUUUGUGGAGACCAAAGCUUUGGAGCUCCUCACAAAGUCACCAGUGGAGUUUGUGGAAUAUAAUAAAUCCCAGCUGAGUCGUAUCUAUCCGAAAGGAACCAGAGUUGACUCGUCCAACUUCAUGCCACAACUCUUUUGGAACGCUGGCUGUCAGCUGGUGGCUCUCAACUACCAAACUAUAGACUUGUCCACGCAGCUGAAUCUCUUCAUGUUCGAGUACAACGGUCGGAGCGGCUACAGACUGAAACCUGAGUUCAUGAGGCGGCCAGACAAACACUUUGACCCCUUCACAGAAAACACGGUGGAUGGCAUCGUAGCCAACACGCUCUCUGUGAAGGUGAUCUCAGGCCAGUUUGUGACUGAACGGCGGGUGGGUGUCUAUGUGGAGGUGGACAUGUUUGGACUUCCUGCGGACACCAGAAGAAAAGCUCUGAAGACCAAAACCUCCCAGAACAACAACGCCGUCAACCCGGUGUGGGACGAAGAGCCGAUUGUCUUCAAAAAGGUGAUUCUUCCAACUCUGGCCUCUCUGAGAAUCGCUGCUUUUGAGGAAGGAGGGAAGUUCAUUGGUCAUCGGAUUAUUCCAGUGUCUGCCAUAAGACCAGGUUAUCGUUACAUCAGUUUGAGGAAUGAGAAGAACCAGUCUCUGAUUCUACCGGCUGUGUUCGUCCACAUCGAGGUCAAGGAUUACGUCCCAGACACCUUUGCAGAUGUGAUCGAGGCUUUGUCCAACCCUAUUCGUUAUGUCAACCUCUUGGAGCAGAGGUCCAAAGCGCUGGCGGCGCUGACUCUGGAGGACGUGGAGGAGGACACGCAGACUGAGGAUGAGGCAGACAGUUGUGCCGAGCGUAAGAACGACCUGAAAUCAGCUCCGCUGGAGAACGGGCUCAGCCCCGCCGCCGGCCCUGCAGGCCACACCCCCGUCGCCACGACGCCCAAAGCCUCCGCAGCCAAUCAGCAAGCAGCUACGACAGAAGCAGCCAAACCAGCAGCAAAGAGUGAAGAUCUGGUUCAAAGUGUUUUGAUAGAUGUUGAAGUGUGCGCCGUGGAGAGUCUGCGUCAGUCAAAGGUUUUCCAGAAGGAGCAGAGACGUCAGUUUAAAGAGCUGAAGGAGUUGGUGAGGAGGCACCAGAAGAAAACCUCCGAGCUCCUGCGAGAGUUCAACAACAAGUACAAGAAGAUGGCCAGACAGUGCAGCAAGAGCAGGGGUUCGUGUUCGGACUCUGAGAAAGACGAGCGUCUCCAGCAGCUGAGAGACGAGCAGCAGCAGCAGCUUCUGGCUCUGAGGCAGGAACAGUACUACAGUCAGAAAUAUCUACAGAAAGAACACAUUAAAAUGCUGACGGAGCGACUGAGCAGUCUGGCUGAGGAGAGUCACAACACCCAGAUGAAGAAACUCAAAGACAUCUGUGACAAGGAGAAAAAAGAGUUGAAGAGGCUGAUGGAUCGAAGGAGAACAGAGAAGAUCAACCAAGCAAAGACCAAAGAGAAACAUCUGGCUGAAGAGGAGAAGAUGGAGAUCAAUAAGUCCUACGUCAAUGAAGUGGUCCAGAACAUAAAACGGCUUGAGGAGACUCAAACAAAGCGUCACGAUCAGCUGGUGGAGCAGCACAAUGAGCUCACGCAGGAGAUACAAGACCAGAAACCAAAGCUGCAAGCGGCCGUGGAGGCGGAGUUUCAGGAGAAGUUCCAGUGUUUGCCCGGAGAGAUUGAAGACUUCCUGCAGGACAGGAAGACGGAGGUCAGAGGUCACAGCAAGUCCCGACCGUCGACCCCACACGAGCCUCUGUCAGAGGAGGACUGAAGAAGAAGAAAAAUGUGUUGAGGAGUGAAGAAGAAGAAGAAGAAGAGUCGACGAAUCGUCAGAAGCAGAGCGGAGUGAAUCAGGAUCAAAACAGGAGGAAGUAAGAGGGGAGGCGUUGGUGAGAGGAGAUGUCACGUUUAUAAAGACUGUUACUUUUCUUUUUAAUGGAAGAAUGCUUUAAUGAUUUAUUUUUUAAUUCCAUUCAAGCAUGCACUUUGCAAUCAGAACCCGUUUAGUCUUAUUUACCGACAUCUACCGUUAUCUACCUAUCUCUCUAUCCAUCUAUCUAUCUACUUACCUAUCUAUCUAUCUCUCCAUCUAUCUCUCCAUCUAUCUAUCUAUCUAUCUAUCUACUUACCUAUCUAUCUAUCUCUCCAUCUAUCUAUCUAUCUAUCUAUAUCUAUCUGACAGUUUGUGCAGUGAACAUACUAUUUUAUAUGCACAUGGAGAGACGUUCGAUCACUUGAGCGGUGUUCAACAAAUUCCAAGCAGCUAUUUUAUCUCCUUAUUAGUCAGCCAGCCGUCGUCGUCGCCAUGAUGACUACUAUAAAGAUCUGAAUCAAUAACUGCAAUAAUAGCUAUACACCUAUAAAGAGCAGCUGGAGGUUAUUUUACUUCGGUGGUGGUAAACGAAUGAGAGAAAAUAAAUUACACAAUUAGAAAUAAUGUUGGAUACUAUUAUAACAACACAGGAUGAUGUGCACAGCCGCGGAAGACAACACACUCACACACACACGCACACACACACACACACACCACAGCAUAAUGUGAAUACUUUACUGUUUACUUUUCAGAAUAUGGGAAAAUACAAACACACAUACAAUGGUUUUACUUCCAUGGUUUUAUGUUACAUCAAUGCAUCUAAUGUCAUGUGAUAUAUCAAGAGCAUAUUAUUGGACCGUUUUUGUUCCUCAGGUCGCUGGUUCCCAACCCGGGGGUCCCGACCCCACUAGGGGUCACGAGGCUUUCUUGAUUUUACAGGGUGUAAGACAAUUUUUUAAAUAUUUACAGUUUCUAUUAGGGUUGUCACAAUAUCGGACUUUCACAGCACGAUUAAAAGAACGAUAUUAUCGCGAUAACUAAAAAUGUUAAAAUAUUUUUUUUACUUCUAUGAGUCAAAUUAAUCUUAAAUUUUGUUCAUUGUGCGUUUUGUCUCUUUUUUUGAAAAAUUAAUAGCACUCAAACUGUGAUCGUAGGGAGGUGGAAAGAGAGAGAGGUGCUGGAUUAUUUACACGUUUAUUAACAUGACUAAAGCCGGGUUUCCACCAAAACUUCCCAGGACUUUUAGACCUUGGAACUACUUCCAUCACUGUUUUUAUUGUGCUUUUAACAAUUGAAACCUGCAAAUCACAAAUCUCUCUCUCAUAUAAAGUACAAGAAUUAUAAUUAUACAUUGUUUAUAAACAAUCUGUCAUAUAAUACCAAUUUACAGUUCACAGAAGAGUGUGUUACCUUACCAACAGAAAACAA